AUGAGGGAUAUCGAGGAUUUUGUGUUCACUAAUAAACAAUGUUUAGCAGUUUGUAUUGCUAAAAAUGAAAACACAAAACUCUCGCAAAUCUUUCAACUUUUGGCACUGGAUGAUAAGGAAGAGCAAUUCGAAUCCCAGCCGCUCAGUCAUAAUGUCAGAUGUUCCCUGAUAGGAAUCGCCAAUUUUCUACUGAAUAGUCAUGGAAAAUUCGCUGAUGAACUGGUUCCAAUGUUGCUCCGAGCUCUGAGUGCUCUUCCGCAUAUGAAAUGGAUUGAUGAUGGGCUGCUGAAUAAAUCUGAUAGAAUCCCAAUCCAAGAGCAAUUCUCCUUCUGUUUCAACACAUCUCUCUCCGACUUGGCCGCCCAUCUUCCACGUUACCGAGAUCAAAUCAUCGCUGCACAGACGGAUGCUCUCGCGUGUGCAGUUUCAGCUGUAUACGAUUUGUUCGAUGAUGAGGAGAAUCUGGAACACAACUACUCGCAUGUGGUUAAACUGAUGUGCUAUGUUUUGGGAUUGACUCGAUCGAUUGGGAGGUUUUCCACAGAUUAUGAUACUCCGCUGAUCUCGUUGAUUUUUCCGUUACCGAUGGAUGAGACGAAGAAGUUGAAAGGAAAUAAAGCAGAGGAUUGUCUUCAUCGAAUCAGCAGCGACGAGUUCACAUUCGACACUCCAGAGAAUUCAGAAGCGAUUCUCCUCGACAAGACUCGUCUCAUUCGAAUGUAUAAUAAACUCGGCGCCUCGUUUCUUGUCCAUAAUUUCACUGGAGGUCUCAAACUGGAAAUGUGUGCUCAGGAUCUGGAGAAGUUAUUUGAUUCGGUUCAACGACUCAUGGAUUCGAAAUUUCUCGAAACUCUUGAUGUGAUUUCUGGAGAUAUAUUCCAAAAUGGAGGAUCAGUUAAGAGAAAUCCAUAUAAAUCAAUGUCGGAAAUUGUGAAUUUGUGCUGUUUGACUCUUCUGAAAGAUGUACUUGGACCGUAUGAAGUGUCGAAAGACGAGGAGAAAAGCCCGGUUUCCGAGAAGUUUGCGAAGGAAAUCAGCAUUUUUUCAAAGUCAGCGCUGCAAAGAUUGGAUUCUGAACUUCAAGGACUUCAACACUCUUCUGAACCAACGAUGACAUUGAGUUCAGAAGUUUCCCGACAAAAACUGAACAUCCAAUCCGCUACAGUAUCCCUUCAACUAAUCGCGUGGGCUGCUGUUGAUGACAUCGAUGCGGAUACGAUAUGCACUGAAAUCAUCACUCGAUUAUUCGCAAAUCAGUCACAAAGAACGAUUAUCUCUCAGCUGCCGUUGUAUUUGAAAGCAAUUUCAAGCAUGGCGACACUGGCGGAAAAGUUUCCAGCUGUUGCGACGACGGCGGUGAAUCAGAAUUUGCAAAGAUUUCUGUUGGAACCGGCGCCGAUGUUGACGAAAUUAGCGUCGGAUAGUACACUGGAGAGGGGGAAAUCAGCUGGAGAUGUUAUUCAGAACUCAAAAUCGAGCAACAACCUGAAUGACGCCACCUCAAAACGUAAAUUAGUCCUCGACUCCCUCCGUAACUCCGCGAUAAAAGCAAUUUGUCGAGCACUGAAAUCAUCGAUCCGAAUGGAAAGUGACAGUGUUCAACAGUGUCUGGCAGGACUUUCAACCAAACUUUUCGUUUGUUCCAAUGCAAAUAAUUUUGUUGUCUCGCUGGUAUGCGAGAAUGCGAUUCAAACACUCGGUGGAAUCGGUGUGGGACUUGUUGAUUCGACAGCUGUAGAGGUUCCUGAAAUGGUUGUGCAAAUCUAUUUGCAACGAUUCGCGAAUCCACCGUCUCAAUUGGAUGUGACGAUGAUUAGGUGUCUGGCGGAGAUGUGGAUUGCUGGAGCGAGAUCAAUCUACGAGAACGUGUGGAAACUGUUCACCCAGAUAUGCAUAGAAUCGUCGAAUCGAGUGUACAGUCAGGGGAAUAACGACUCGAAUGAUCAGAGAUACACACACGUCUCCCUGGCGGUCGAUAUGGCGAUGAGUCGAAUGGCGAUCGGUGUGAAGAAUGAGGAUGACAAGAUGACGUUGCUCGUUAGACUUCUCGAGCUAUUUGUCCAGCUUGGAAUCGAGGGAAGACGUGUUGGAGAGAAGGUUUCGAAGAGUACUGUGAAGAUGUCAACAAGCGCUGGAAAUCUUGGAGUCUUGAUGCCAAAAAUCGCGUCGCUUCUCCGACGAAUGCAACCGAUUUCCGAGCCGACACCGAAGCUUCGAUCACUAUUCAGAGACUUUUGGUUCUACUGUACCGUACUCGGAUUCGAUGUGGAAUCGUCUAGUUUGUGGCCUGAAGAGUGGUAUAAUGCGGUUUGUGAAACGGCGACGAAGACGCCCGUACUGAUUGCGACGGAGAAUUUGAGAUCGGAAUUGAUCGACAACGCGGCGAUCCGAUCGGAUUCCAUCUCUCCGCAAGAACUCCAAGAGAUGAGGAAUACGGUAUUGGCAGAGUUGAGUCAUCAGGCGGAGGCUGUUCCAUUGAUAAAUCGAUUCGAUUUCGCCAAUUGCACAUAUCUGUUAUCAGUUCAUCGGAUGGAAUCAAUGAGACUAAUUCAUGCAAACCAUGUGGAUGCAUUCAGCUCAUUCUUCAAAUAUAUCGAGGAUAAGACUGUUAGGAAAGAUAAAUCUGGACUAUGGACUUGUAUGCUUGCAGCGGCUCCCCGUAUCUUUCUGAGUUGGUGUGAGAAGAUGAUGAAACGACGGGAUAAUGAUGAGCCGACUGAAGAGGCCUUGGUCUGGCACGCCCAGUUUCUUCUCUUCAAAUUCAAUCAUCAUUUGAGAGAAGUGCGGAAAGUGGCUGAUGCCUGCUUGUCUCAACUUGUCAAAGCCUUCCCGUAUCUUCUAUGGAACACCGAGGUCCUUACCACAAUCCUCCGUCUUCUUCAGGAACUUGAAGACAAUCUUUUGAAGGAUCCGACGUGCCGAGAGCCACAGUUCACAAUUGAGGGAUUCGAGAAGGGGUGGACAAUCCAACUUCAGGAUUCUAUAGAAGGACGUCGUGCUGUUGUUAAGGACUUCUCCAUGAGAGUCAAGCAGAUUCUGAAGGAAGCGUUGAUGUGGGCACCCGCGUCAACUCACAGCAACUUGCUGGAAUAUGUAUCGAAAUUCGGGUCUGAAAGGGAUGCGGCGAUGCAGUUGGCUAUAGAUGCGACCAGUGAAGGCAAAGGGAAAAGUGGAUCAUAUCUGACUUCUCUCUACAAAAGAAGUAAUUAUUUGGGACAAGUGAAGGGAAUGUUGGCGACGACGUUGAGUGGAGAUAUAGAUCAAGUGACUGCGGAGAACAAGUUGAUUGACAGGCUGGAAAAGGAUUUCCAGAGAGCUUGCAAAAGUGGAAAAGAUAACGAGAUGGAGCAAGCGGUGUUGUUGCUCACUGCUCUUUUCGUUAGUCUUCGCUGCCUCAACGAGCGGAUUCUCACACUUCUCGUCCGUACACCCCUCCACAACUUCACUGAAUCCACCAUCUCUUUGUGUACGAUGGCUUGGAACUGGUUGUUGAGUGCUCGUCCAGAAGCACAUAGCUUGUUUCUCCAUGAACAGGCUAGAGCGUUCGCCGACUCGUGUAGAUUUGGUUUGGGAUUAUUCGAGAAAGAAAAUGUUGAUAUGAGUUUAUCUCCGCUAUGCAGACAAGUCGAGCGGCCUCCACCAUCCGCGAAUUUCCGACCACAUCGAGAAUGGAUAGAGUUCAUUGGGGAACGGUGUGACGUUGCGUCGUACUCAUCACGUGAGCAGUUGGAUGUACUUGAAAUGAUGUUUUCACAAACGCUAUCCGCUCAAAUUGGAACCGGACACCUUCAUGGAUCAACCGCCUGCAACACCUCUAACCUUACUGGAACUACCAAAAGAGAGACGAUUAAUCAAGUGACACGUGGAAUCGAAGCGGUCGGAGUAAGAUUCCGUUUGCUAUCAUGUGUACUCGGAAUGGUUCAACAAGAUGCUUGUUUGCUCCGCCCAACGAAUGUGCUCAUUCGCCAACGUGUCUACUCAUCAGCCUUCCACUACUUCACAAUGGCACCGCAAGGUCCAACUCAAGCGGAGGAGGCUCUUAGAGAGGAUAUUAGAUUGUUGGCGAAGUUCUUCGAUCAUUUGAAGAGUGACAAGCAUUAUAUGAUCAAGGAGACUAUGGCGAAAACCGAUAAGAAUAUAGUGAUGUCCAGUACAAUGUCACAUAUGCAAACCGCAUUUGAGAAGAGUUUAUUGGUGACUGCCGGUGGAUCGAUAUCAACUGGAACCAAUGGAACACCGACUACCACUUUGAUGCUUCCCCCGACUACAAACUACGCGAAUACUCUUACUCUUUCUCAGAAGUCUAUCGCUGCUGCGACGGCGUCGAUUCGAAGUGGAAAAUCGAUUGAGGCAAAACUCUCGAUUGAGGAGGAUCGGAGGAUCAAGACAUGGAUGAAGCAGAGGAACAUGCUGAUGCUUCUAGUGGCUAACGAGAUUGAACGGCUCUCCGCUUGGCUCCACCCACUUGCUUUGGCUCAGGAGGAUUGCACGCUGGAAUCGGAGCAAUUUUUGAGAUCUCAGAUUCUGGAUAUUCAGGGAACUGGAGGAAGUAGUUCGGAGAAUAAGAAGAAGAAGAUUUGGAGGGAACAGGCUGAACUCGCUUGGAGUAUUUCGCCUGAACUCGCUAUCCAGUUGCCAUCGAGAUUCCGAGGAUCAGAAGAUCUCAUCAAAUGUGUCGAAGGGCUUGUUAGAUCACAACCGGAACUUGUCGCUCAUAUCCCUGAAGCACUCCCAUUAUUCCUUGGAAAUGGAUCGACGGUUUUUGAGACAGCAGACAUGUCACAUGUACUCACUUGGGCACGCUGCUCACCAGUCAUGGCGUUGUCUCUUCUGACACCGAGACAGUACCCGACUCAUCCGAUUUCUAUGCAGUAUGCUGUGAGAGUAUUGAGAAGUUAUCCGGCGGACGCGUUGUUGAUGUACAUACCGCAAAUUGUGCAGGCUGUUAGAUACGACACGAUGGGAUACAUUUCAGAAUUGAUGAUCUGGUUAGCUGGACACUCUCAACUCCUUGCCCAUCAACUCAUCUGGAAUAUGCAAACAAAUAUGUACACCGACGAGGAGAGCAAGAUAAAAGACAGUGCUCUAUUCGACCCGUUGAAUGACAUAAUGCAAAAGAUAAUCUCUCAAUUGGAAGGAGCCGCCCGUCGUUUCCACGAGGCAGAAUUCAAGUUGUUCCAUCAACUCACUGCUAUAUCUGGAACUAUCAAGCCUUUCCCGAAAGGCGAUGCUCGAAAGAAGGCGUGUCUGAAGGCGUUGGCUGAUGUCAAGAUUGAGACGAUCACGUAUUUGCCGUCGAAUCCUGAAGCGGUUCUUCUGGAUUUGGAUUAUUCAUCUGGAACACCAAUGCAGUCGGCGGCGAAGGCACCGUUUUUGGCACGAUUCCGUGUGAAACGAUGUGGAGUCCGAGAACUCGAACGAAUCGGACUACAAGCUCAAUCUGAAAAAGAAGAGAAAUCAACAGACGCCGAUUUGGAGAAACUUCGAAAAGUUCAAGACAGUCGAGUGUGUUGGCAGGCGGCAAUUUUCAAAGUUGGAGACGACGUUCGUCAGGAUAUGUUGGCUCUUCAGUUGAUGCAACUCAUGAAGAAUGUGUGGGCGGGGCUUGGUCUUCCAGUCAGAGUAUUCCCGUAUAGAGUGGUUGCCACGUCACCAGGAUGUGGAGUUAUCGAGUGUGUACCCAAUUCGAAGAGUCGUGAUCAGUUGGGACGACAGACUGAUUUCGGAUUGUACGAGUAUUUUAAGACGCAGUACGGAGAUGAGAGUAGUGAGACGUUCCAAGAGGCGAGACGCAAUUUUGUGAGGAGUAUGGCCGCCUACUCGGUUUUCAGCUUUUUGCUGCAAAUCAAGGAUCGACAUAAUGGAAAUAUUAUGAUCGAUUUGGAUGGACAUAUUAUACAUAUUGAUUUCGGAUUCAUGUUCGAAAGCAGUCCAGGAGGAAAUCUGGGCUUCGAACCCGACUUCAAACUCAGCGAAGAGAUGGUGGCGAUAAUGGGCGGGAAGAUGGAAGCAGCUCCAUUCCGUCAAUUCGCAUCUCUCUGUGUUCACGCCUAUCUCGCAGUCCGUCCCUAUCAUAAAUCGUUCGUCUCGUUGGUCUCUUUGAUGUUGGACACACAUCUUCCGUGUUUCCGAGGAAAGACAAUCAACCAGUUGAGAGCACGAUUCGCGCCGGAUAUGAAUGAAAAAGAUGCGGCCAAAUAUAUGCACUCUGUAAUCACCAACUGCUUCCUGAACAUUCGCUCGAAGAUGUACGAUCAAUUGCAAUAUUUCCAGAACGAAAUCCCUUAUUAA